GUGCAGAGUUGAAAACUGCCACAUGUACCUGUCAUGGUGCUAAAGCAUUUAAUUUUUUUUAUAUUGUACUCUCUUGUGAUAAAGGCAAAAGGAAAGACCAGACACACACAUCCGCCCAGUUAGGGCAUUUUGAUGUGUUCUCACGGUUAUGGUAUCGUGUCGUCAGCUGGUUUGUACUGGCAGUGCACAGAAUUUGGAUUUUUCAAAAAUGUUUUGUGGCAAUUGAAAAACUAAACUCCUAGGAAUAGCAUUGAGAGGACAACAUUAUUCUUUGUUAAUAAUAGUGCCUGCCUCCCAGCAUGAGGUGGUUACUGAGGAGUAAAUGAGCAAACGUACUCAUUGCUGAGAAUGGUGCCUGGAGUGUGGUGAGUUGGAGCUAUCCUUUACAAGCCAGAGAAAAAGGAACUUUGUAGAACAUUUUCUUGGGUCACAGAAGGCUUUUUGUCACCUUGUGCUCUUGGGUUUUACGUUAUUAAAACUUCACAUUCAUGAAUUUUAUUCUUCUAAUCCAGUCUUUAUCAGAGACAAACUGAACUUCAAGAUAGAAGUGAAUCUUCAAAUAUGGACAAGCUUCCUUUUAAGGAUAAUGAGGAAUUUGAAUCUUUUGAAUAUCCAGGGAAUGUGCCAAGGCAGUUUGAAGUGGCUGGGCUUCAUCCUGCUGGUGAUAUGCCUCAUGUGGACGCUGCCGCAGCUGCUGUGCCCACCAGACCCAUCUCGGAUCACAGCCCCAGUGUAGAUCAGAAACAAAUUGAAGAACAAAAGGAAGAAGAUAAAAUAUGGGAACAGCAAGUAAAAGAGCGAAGGCAGAGAGAAGAAAGAAGGCAGAUUGACCAACAAGAAGUUUUAGAAAGGGAACGAAGAGAACUGGAAAAACUGGAUCAGGAAAGGAGAAUGAUUGAAGAAUCAUUGAAGAUUGAAAUGGAAAAAGAAAUAAGUAUUCAAGAAACAAAAGACACAUCUGUUCCCGAGGAGGGCACUUUAGAGAAAUACAUGAAAAUCAUCCAGCAGGGGCAAGACCAGGAGUUGGCAGAUGAGGGCUCAAAACAGAUGGUUGGAGAAGGCUCCCUAGUGGACACGCUGCCACCUAGUGAAAAAGGAGAAAGUUCCACACACUUAUCUCCUGAAGGCCCAGAAGAGUCGUGGUAAUUGUUUGCCGUGCGGAUUCUUACGUACAAUGAGAAGUCACACAACAUUGAGUCCUUUCUAAGUAUUUCUCUGAAAUCAGACAAAAUUCUCAAUAAAAAGUUUGUGUAAUCCAA